UGAACUACAGCACUCGGGAAACGCUACGAGCACACGGGUCGCCACAAGGAGCCUACAUGUGAAAACAACGGGGAAAACACCUCUAACCGACGAUGCUGCUGCUGGUACACAAUGCUGUGUGGAUACAGAUGCUUCUUGCCAGUGUUGUUGUGAUUGAUAUGGUAUUCAAUCAACACCCAUGUGCACCUUGCAAGUGUAUGGUCAAUGGAACUGCGGACUGCAGGAAUAAAGGCUUGGAUAUGAUACCACGUUCCCUUCCAAAUUAUACCCAAGAGUUGCUAUUCAGUGGAAACAAGCUGACGAAACUCUGCAACGAUUCCUUUGUACAUCUAACUUUACUGAUGCUUUUAGAUUUGACAAAUAACAGUGUAAACCUCAUCGAAACGGCAGCAUUUGAUUCGUUGCCAAACCUACGGAAUCUGUCUUUACAGGGAAAUAACUUAACAUACAAGGCUUUUUCCCCCUCAUUAUUUCAGAAGUUGCCAAACCUUAAAAUCCUUAUCAUAAAUAACAACACUGUCACAGAUGACCCUACAGUGGAAUACCCAAGUGAUGCCUUAGCAAACCUGGUAUCUCUUACCACUUUGUAUAUUGAUGGUCUAAGGAAUAAAACAUUUGGAUUUGGGUUUUUUAAACUAAAAUAUCUAACUCAUCUGGCAAUCCAGAGUACAGGAAACAAGUGUGACAUGACUGUGGUAACAGAGGAAACGUUUAAAUACUUACCUUAUCUUGAACAUUUAAAGAUUUUCAAUUGUCAUCUUCACUAUAUUGCAAAAGGAUCUUUUGCUCAUCAAGACAAUCUCAAAACUUUAGAUCUGUCCUCUAAUCAUGAUCUCACUUUCGAAGGUGUUACAAAUGCUACGUAUGGAAUAGCUUCAUCGCUUGAAGGGUUAUUCAUUAAUGCAAUAGUAAGUCCAUUUGCUGUUUGUGUUGUCAUUGAAAGGCCGUUUUGUGAAAACCUUCAAAAUACCAGCCUCACUGAACUGCAUGCGAAUAGAAACAGGGUGACAAUCUUUCAAGAAGGCGCUCUGAGACUUUUCCCCAAAUCACUGAAAUACGUAUAUAUGAAAGGGAGCAAAUUUGAGUAUGGUCCUUACAUUGGAGACCUUUCAUCUUUGGUAGGUUUAGAAGUGAUCAAUAUUAGAGGUUAUGGCAAUAGAAGACUGCCGUUUCCGUCAUUGGAUGAUUUCAGACAAAUGUUUUUUCUUUCUAAACGCCUUAGUUCUGUAUACUUUGAUGGUGACUAUUCACCCCAUCCUCCUUUUCUUAUUCAUCUACCCCCUAAUCUACAGAAGGUAGAUUUUUCGGUGUCACAAUUGUUCUUUCAUAUCACAAGAUUUCAAGUUUAUAAGAACAACAUUACUGAAAUUGAUGUUUCACGGAACCUGUUUACGAAGUGGAUUGGCAAUGGUAUUGGAUUUGAAAAACUUGAAACCUUAAAUCUAUCAGAUAACAUUGCGAAAUUUGCCACUUCGCAAUUUUUCGGGUCUUUCAAGAACCUUAAACAUUUGAACAUUUCCAAGAAUCUUUUGGGAACUGUUCUGGGGAAUAUCUCUAAUGGUAACAUGUUCAGUGCCCUAAGCAAACUUCAAACGUUGGACCUAUCAGCAAACUACAUAAAUAACUACUCAUACGCUCUUUUCUCGAACCUAUCAUCACUGAGAGUGUUAAACAUUUCUAAGAAUACGAUAUAUGCCUUACACUUUGAUAUAAGCCACAUGAAGAACUUAAGUGUUUUACAGUGUUCCGGGAACCAAAUACACUGGUUAACUAAAACGUUUACAACCAGUCUUGACAAACUCUCGGAUAAUCACAAUAUAACGGUAGACCUUUCUGGAAACCCCAUCUAUUGCAAUUGCAAAAACAUUUGGUUUCUGUCAUGGAUGAUAACAGCUAAAGCUAAAGGCACCAUUUUCUUUGGAAAUCUUUCAGAUUAUUUCUGCAUUUAUGAUGAUGAACGUUCCGUGGAACUUGAUAACUUGGAAAAGGUUGUUGCAGAUUUAACAUCCUGGUGUCAACAUGUCUCUGUGCAUUUUGGGUUGUUCGUUGGAAUAUCUUUAGUGGUCCUUGUUACUUUUAGUGUGCUUAUUUGUUCUCUACUGUAUCGAUUUCGUUGGAAAUUGAAAUAUGUUUAUUAUGCAGCACGUCACAGAUACAGUACGACACACUCAUUCAACCACACGUUCGUCUACGAUGCCUUUGUUUCCUUCGCAGAAGAAGAUCGUGACUUUGUUGUUAAUGAGCUCCUGGUGAAGUUAGAGGAAGAAUCAGACAUGAGACUGAACUUCCAUCAGCGGGACUUCACCGCUGGCCGCCCUAUAGCUCACAAUAUCAUUGAAGCUGUCAAAACUAGUAGAAGAACGCUGGUUAUCUUGUCCAGUCAUUUCUUAAAGAGCUCCUGGUGUGUCCACGAGCUUCAGAUGGCUCACAUGGAGAGUGUGUCUACUGGUAGGGACGUGUUGCUGAUUAUUAUGAUGGAGCACAUUCCAACCAACCAAAUCCCAGUGGAAAUAUUGUAUCAUAUACAAUCGGAUUCCUAUUUGGAAUAUCCACUGGAAGGAGAGAAGGUGAUGUUCUGGAGAAAUCUUAUUGGAAGUCUGAAAGAAUAAACAACCCGAUGACAUGCCUUAGACUUGGACAUGCAUAGAACUUACUGAAACGUACCAGCAUGUAUCCCCGACAAGGUACAAAAAAUACAAUGGAAAAUGUAAUACUUUGAGCAGCUGCAAGAUAUUAUGAAAUGAAUCGUUUAACCAGUUGUACCGUUACAGCUCAAGCACAUCACCUAAAUCAGCAAAGAGAGAUUGAUGUUGAUUCAAAUGUAUCCACAGAUGAACAGAAUGAACACGAUCAACGAAUAAAAAGCAGAUUUAAGAUCUUUCAUUCUCGAUGCAUUUAUAUCAUAUAAGUUGCACUUCCCUCUGUUAACGUUUAGAUCAAAUUAUUUCGAAUUGCAUGUAUAUUAUAGCUUCAUUUUGUGUUGCUUAAGUUGCUUAAGUUCUCAUUGUAACUUCUUAUGUGUACAUCAAUGUUGCAUAUAUUGUACUUCUACAUGUGCAAUGGGCUGUAGAUACUUGCAAGAUUAAAUGUUGCACUUGAA